UAUUAAUAUAUCUGAUAUUCAGUAACAAGUAAAGUAUAAAUAAAGGCAUUGUUAACAAAUAAAUAAAAGGAUCCUAUUUUGAAUACAAAAUGGUUAAAAAUAUCACAAAAAUCCUUGACAUUUCGUGGAGAUUUGGUGUAACUGCAGCGAGUAAUGAAUCUGACAACAUGGGAAAAUCAUUCUUGCAUUUAAAAUUAAAAUUAGAAGAAAAUGGCAAAACUAGGAAUGUUUUUGUAGAAAUGACAAUCAGUGAAUUUUAUAAAUUUCUACAUGAUCUAGAAAAAGCAAAAUGUAAUCUUGAUUUGUUACUUUGAAUAUCAUUUAAAAUAUUUGAUUAUAAGUUAAUCUUCUAAUAGAAUUAUAUCUUACAAAAAUACUUUAAUUGUAUAAAUGCAAUAUUACAUUCAAUAAAAUAAUAUAACUAGUAA